CUAUCCGACUGACCGCGUGGUUGUCAUUGAAUCACCCACGCGUCCAUCUGAUAAUAUUCGAUAUACGCAUAUUGUAAAACGCUAAUUCUACGCAAAUUUUACAAGGAAAUAUAGUUUAUCCUGUAACGCUAUUACCACGUGGAAUUGAUUAAAGAAGUUAAAAAAAAUAAACAAGAAUAAAUUGUAUAGGACAAUGGAGGUGGCGACUCAGAUGGAGAUUGAUAACACAACAAACGAUGAGACCAUAAAUGUGCCGGAAAUAAGUUAUGAAGAAAAAUUACAGCAUGUAAACGCCAUUGCUAAACCUAUGGCGCCGAAAAAGUUAACGAAAAAAAUUUAUAAAUGCAUGAAGAAAGCUUCAAAACAUAAAACACAUAUUCGAAAUGGCCUGAAAGAUGUACAAAAGCACUUACGUAAAGGAGAAAAAGGCAUGGUUGUAUUUGCGGGAGAUGUUAAUCCUGUAGAAAUAAUGUGCCACCUGCCAAUAGUAUGUGAGGACAAGGGUAUUCCUUAUUGUUUCACCCCUUCCAGAUUGGACAUCGGGACUGCAUUGGGUGUGAAACGAGGCAGUCUUAUGGUCCUCAUAAAAGAACACCCAGAUUAUAAAGAAUUAUAUGAUGAAAUUAAAACAACUAUUACAACGCUUGCCACACCUUUGUAAGAUUGCAUUUAAGUAGUAUUAUGAUUUUUGUGUAUAUAAUCGAACAAUUAUAUAUUUAGUCAUUAUAA